CAUUUGUAGCUAAUUUUAAAUCUAAGCUAGGUUUGGUAUAUAAUAAAAUAAAAAGCUUGGUGUUCAAAGCGUUCACACGACGAACCCUUAAUAGUGAUAUAUUUUUGUAUAUUUCCCCAAUCGUGGAUGACCUUAUCCAUAUCUCUCUCUCUUUUCUUUUUCGAAAUUCUCAAAUAGUCUCUCUCUGCUGGUUUACGAUCACUGUUGCCAAAAAGAGAAGGGUCUCUCGAGACAAGUGUUAGGAUUACAAACACAACACCAGCUUCCUCCUCGCGACACGACCCUCCGUCAUGUCUGCGCCAGCUAUAUCUUCUCCACGCCACGUUUCAUCACUCUGUUCCACUAUAUAUACACACCUACCCAGUAACUCCUGUCUUUGCCUUAUCACUCACAAAAAAUCUUCACACAACAUCACUUUCGAGCUGUCAACAUACAUCCGUACAUGUCCUCCAUAGAGCCAAAGGUCAUGAUGGUUGGUGCUAACAAGAAACAGCGAACUGUCCAAGCUAGUUCGAGGAAAGGCUGCAUGAGAGGUAAAGGUGGACCUGACAACGCGUCUUGCACCUACAAAGGUGUUAGACAACGCACUUGGGGAAAAUGGGUCGCUGAGAUCCGUGAGCCUAACAGAGGAGCUCGUCUUUGGCUCGGUACCUUUGACACCUCCCGGGAAGCUGCGUUGGCUUAUGACUCCGCAGCUCGUAAGCUCUAUGGUCCUGAGGCUCACCUUAACCUCCCUGAGUCCUUAAGAAGUUACCCUGAAACGGCGUCGUCUCAAGCAUCCCAGACGGCACCAAGCAGCAACACCGGUGGAAAAAGCAGCGACUCCGAGUCGCCGUGUUCAUCCAACGAGAUGUCAUUAUGUGGAAGAGUGGCAGAGGAGAUAUCAUGGGAGCAUAUAAAUGUGGAUUUGCCGGUAAUGGAUGACUCUUCUAUAUGGGAAGAAGCUACAAUAUCGUUAGGGUUUCCAUGGGUUAAUGAAGGAGAUAAUGAUAUUUCUCGGUUUGAUACUUGUAUUUCCGGUGGCUAUUCUAAUUGGGAUUCCUUUCAUUCCCCACUUUGAGGUGUCACUGAACUCUAGUUAAUUAUCAUAUACAAACUACAUAUAUAUACAAAUAUAAUCACCGUGAUGAUCUAGGUUUAUAUAUAUACACCAGCUCCAUGUAAUUAUAUAUGUGCACAUAUAUAAAUGUCGUUUGUCUGUAGUGUAAAAGCAGAUACUUACUUCACCAAGAAACAUAGAAACAAAAACGACAGUUGUUUGUCUCAAAGCUAAAUAUGUGUCAUGGGGAAAACGUGAAGUGCAAUGUAUCUGUAUAAAGAAAACGGGAUGUUUACGUUGUGUGUAACGGUCAAUGUUAAGACCACAUAUGUCUCUGUUUUCGAUGGGCUUUCAGUUUUUGACUAUAUUGUCUCGUUUGUUGUGUGUUUGCUUCUUAUAUUUUCCUUUUUCUCUUUACACCUUUACCUUCGUCUUUGUGAGAUGUCAUAUAUGUAACCCUCUGAGAAUUGUGUACCUCAUGGGCAAUGUUUAUCACAUUAUAUAAACCUGGCCCGUUUAUGGUC